GAUUAAUAUUUUAGUAACAACAUUUAAAUAUUAAAUGAUGCAAUUUCGAGCGUUAAGCAAUUAAGUAGACAGCAAUACAGUAAAUAUUAUGUGUACAAAGUCUACAUUAAGUACUUGAAGUGAACUAAGCUUUACGCGUGAUACUGUUUACUCAUUUACCGUGCAUACGAUAAGACGUCCCAAUUCAAGGUUUGAAGUGGUUUCUAGAAUAUUAAAAAAAGCAGCAAGCAACAAAUGAAAGCAUAUAGUAAUUCCUAGCCAUGAUGUGUUUUAAAAUUGUUUGAACUUGAAGCUACUUAAUUGUAGGUCAGAGCAUUGACACAGUGAUAGUGUUCAACACAAUGACUCGGAGCGCGUGCGUCUCAUGCGCAGCAGCAGUCACGACAUGGAGGCGGGGCUGGAGAUGCGGAGCGACUCGCACGCGCCGCCGCCCUGGACUGACGCACUCGAGGAAGCACACUAUGUUAUUACUAGGCUAAGAACAAAACUAUCAGAGCUACAGUCCCGCCACGAGAAGCAGAUCCGUCGUCCGGCGCUAGACGACACUAGCGAGCAGCAACACAUACAGCGCCUGACUGCGGAGAUCGGCCGACACUUCACGCAUGCGCACACGCAUCUCACUGCUAUUAAGGCGCAGAUUAGACACGGUAACAAAACCGAACAAAAGUUAGCGACAAACGUGGUCCUAGCAUUAGUGACGAUGCUGCAAGACUUGAGCAUCACGUUCCGCACAGCCCAGUCGAACUACCUGAAAUCCCUCACUUCUCGAGAGGAACGCUCCAACGCAUACUUCGAGUUACCCAACUUCGAAGAGCUAAGUCUAGACGACAGUGAUCUACUGCCAGGUUUGUCCAACAACCAAACUGAUCUACUAUUCUCCUUACCCAGUACUUCAGGCACGCAGAAAUUUGAUGACGAUGACUUCGCACGACCAGCGAUGAGUCAGAAACAAUUACUGCUGAUGCAGGAGGAGAAUACCAGAGAUGUAGCCGAAAGGGAGGAGGAGGUCAACAAAAUAGUCCGGUCUAUAGUCGACUUGAAUGAUAUAUUUAAAGAUCUAGCUCAUAUGGUAAAUGAACAAGGCACAAUAUUAGACAGGAUAGAUUAUAAUAUAGAGCAGACGCAAGUCCAAGUCCACGAAGGCUACAAACAGCUGCAAAAAGCUGAAAGAUAUCAGAGAUCUAAUAGGAAAAUGCACUGUAUCCUAAUGUUAGGCGUCACUAUCAUAGUGUUAGUAAUAUUACUAAUCAUAGUUAAGAGUUAGUCGCAGUUAAAUAAGCAGAAAUUGCCUUAUUUUUCGUAGUCGAUAGCCGAACGGCUGGGCCGAACUAAGGAGUAGUUUGACAUUUCCAAGAUUAUAGUUUAAUAUUCCAAAUUAUAGAGAUAGUGAAAUGUUGACUUGUUAUUUAUAGUCGACGUACUACAGUGACAAAAUUAUUUACGAUAUGAACACGUCGUUCAAUUUGAAACAGCUCGAGACUCCACAGUACCUAACUAGUUGAUACAAUGGUUCUGUAAUACAUUAUACAUUAAUAAGUAAUAUUUUGAACAAUAUCACCGGGCUUCCUCUGUGAUAGAAUAAGAUUGAAAAAGACAUGAUGAAGAGAUUUUGGUACCAGAAAAACAGGCAUCUAUGAGCAAAAGAAAAAAAUUUAAUAGUAAAUCCAAUUCAUCGUAGAAACUAAGUAGUAGCAACCAAUUUGUUUUGUGCCUACAUUACACUACAGUAACUAUAGAAUAAACCAAACCAGUUUUUGAUGAAGCUAUAAGUGAAUUUUCAUUGAUAAAUUAAUAAUAAUGAUUAAAGAUUCGAAUAUCUGUAUAUACAGCAAGCGACCACAUCGUUUAAGCUAGGGUAACAUUUUCAUUGAUAGUUAUCUGAUUGGGUCCGGACUAGCAAGAAACAAAAACUAUGGCAGAUGUUAAUAAUGUGACCUAGCUUAUGUUGUUAUCUUGAAUUGUCUGCUUUUAGGCACCAAGUUCCUCUAUAAGUUCUUCUAUCCUGAAAGUAUGUGUGAACCGCCAAACUCAAUGGCGGCUCGGAACAUAGGACCAGUCUCUGUGCAGAAACCAUUUAAGUACCGGGUGAUGGAUAUGCGAGGGGUUUAGGCAACAUGCGCGAACUAUCUCAGAAUUUAGUUUCGAGCUGCCAUUGCGUUUGGCGAGAACUAUAUCUGCAGGUAUGUAAACUGUGGCACUUUCCGUCACUUGGACGUCCUGGCCCAAUGGAGUAACUGACUUAAAAUUUAUUUGUUGUAUAAACUUAUGCACAUAUUCUAGUCUCUAUGUCUAUAUUGUAAGAUAUUUAUUUAUUGUAAGUAAGGCGUAUUUAUUGCAAUUAAAAGUUAAACAGUGUGCGAGUGGUAGAUUGUUCCUGAGCAGGAAAUAUAUAAAACAGAAUAAACUUUAAGGUCUUCUUUUUCGUGUACAGAAGUGUGCAGUUGAUGAGUUUUUAUUAAAAGCAGCUAGUUUUCCCCCUUAAAUGUGUAUUUAUUUUAUUUUUAUUUAUUUACCUACUCAAUAUACUUAAACCUUAUGUUUUCAUAAAAAAAUAUAUCUUUUCUGCUCAAGUAAUAUCGUUAAAUGUUGUUAAAUGCGUGAUAGUGUGUGUGCCAAUGUUGCCAAGUACCUAAACAGACAAAUUCCAAUGUAUUGUAAAUUCGAAUUAUGUUAUUAUUGUUUUGAUUAAAUGUGUUACUUAAUAAUUUA